CAUUUUCCGGUCAAAUGUUCAACCUUGAAUGGACUCAAGAUUGGCCCGCGCAUUCAACACUCUAUUGGGAGGCUCACAUCGAUCUUGUGUGGAUUCACUAUGAGGUGUCUCUCAAAACUUCUGGUUCCAAUUGGGAUUGAAGUUAUAAAGAUAGUUGUUUAUGCUUAUGAGUAUCUAACGUGGCCACUGUACUACUUAUUCAGCAAAACAUUGAGAUAUAUGCCGCUGCCCAACUCUCCUGUUGACAGCGACUGGACAUAUAAUGAAGAAGAAAGUCGGACUUUGGCACUUCCUGUACGUGAAGGUGAUCCCGGUUCGCCAUGGAGAGCAGUUGAAGCCCUCGAUGGUCUGACGAGUUCACUUCCUGGAUGUAAAGAUUUGGUUGAUGUUUGGCUCCGCACAGUUAAGCUGUGGCCUGAUUUGCCUGCGUUUGGAACAAGAGCUGUCCUACGCACGGACUACCGAGUGAGUUUCAUACAGGACGUUUUGACCACACUAUUUAAGUAACUUCUCCAGAUGAAGUAAUGAAGCCCAUAUGAGUGUUGAUAUACGUAGUGGACGAUUUUUGUUUACAUGAUUCUUUGGUCGGUUAUUCAGUCGAAGAAGUAACUGAAAAAAACUUCUCCUUCAUUCCUACUGGAAUGAGCUUCGAAUUGCUGGAUGAUGGAUUAUACUAGUAAUUUCAGACUACCAACACCAAGAAUACCAAGUGUCAUCAGAACGGAAGACAUAACUGCGUAACUUGUCACUCGAUAAACUGGUUCGUUACAUUAUUAUCCACUGAAGUUGGUUCCGGAGACAGUAUGAUCUGUUAAUUCUAAGUAACAUUUGUAAAGGCCGAAAAUAGUUAUUGAAGCAUGGACACAUUCACUGUGUGUCCCCGACGAUUUUGAGUUACAGCAUUAUUUGAUACGUUUUAUACUACUAUUUCAUUCCCUUUAGGACCCUACCAUCCAUUUUUAGACUACCAUCAUUUGUACUAUGGCUUACAAUUCUUUCCUAUUCAAGUUUUACCUUCAUUUUGCCAUGUUGAAGUUGUGUGGGAGAUCAGAUUACCAGCCUGCUAUUAACGUUACCCGUGAAAGUUUCCAGCGACUUGAUCACUCAGAAUCAGUCACUCAUCAAUGUACAGGUCCUCACCAGUCACACCUCACUAAACUUUAUGUGUUUGGUGAAAUUGCACAGCAACAUCCACAUUAUUCUCACCGUUCCAAGCUAGUUUUAUAUUUUUCUGUCUAAUUAAAUUGUUUUUGGAAUGUCCCCACAUAUUCAGUGAAAUAACAGUUUACACCUGUUGACGAAUAUCUUGAUAUGAACCUUCUCAAGUACGUGCCACGAACGUUUGUCUGAUUAUUCCUUUCAUUGGUUUAAAAGCUGGAUGUUCUAUGUGUACUUCCAGUCAUCCAUGGUUGUAUAAAUGAAAUAAAAUGCCUGGUACUUGCUAGAAUUGUAUAUUCCAUCUAAUGGAAAGGUCAUGAAGUGAUAUUGUUGCGAAACUAUCAUCUCGUUCCCAUAUUAAUGUAAACCAAGCAAUUCAUAUGGUGUUCAGGGAAUAUGGAUUCCUUAAACGCUUCUGUGUCAAGUAAUUCUCACUUCUAAGUCUUAGUGUGUUUUCGUUUUUUUGGUGAGUAUAGUGGUAAGUAGGUACUUCCCCAUAAGAAACGAUUCAUGUAUUGUGUUUAUUAUAUAUUCUAAUUUCGUGUGAUUUUGUUCUACACUAGCUGAGUCCUGACGGACGACAAAUGAUUGAGCUCACUUUGGGUGAGUACUCUUGGGAGACAUUUUGGGACGCUGAACGUCGAGUAUCUCAUCUAGCAGCUGGUUUGUAUUCAAUGUUGGGGUCCGUUAAGGAACAUAAUCAGCCCAUUGCCCUAUUUAGUGAAACAAGAGCUGAGUGGAUGUUUGCUGCUCAGGCCUGCUUUCGUCUCAACCGACCUGUUGCUACUUUGUACGCUACUCUCGGUGACGAUGCAUUGGUACAUGGAUUUAAUGAAACUGAAGCUGUGGUCGUGUUUACAAGCGAUGAGCUCUUAUCAAAAGUAAUUAAAAUUGUUCAACGAUGUCCUUCAAUUCAACGUAUUAUCUACUUCACAAAUGGAGUUUUUAAUCGAGAACUUUAUACAGAAGUUGACAACCUCGCUGUUCCUUCUGAAAGUGCUACCGCUAGUGUUGCAGAAGCUCUGACAAAAUGUCCGUCAAAUUUACAUCUACACAAUAUAGUCGAAGUCGAACGUUUGGGAGCUGCAGUAAUCAUGAAAGAUAGAGAAAAGCGGAAAAUGGGUGGUUCCACACCAAUUACAGGGAAUAAUAAUCACUCAUCGAACGGUUAUGAGGGUUUAUGGAUGCCUCCUGCAUCAGAACGUGCCAGUCCCUCGGAUUUAGCUGUGAUUAUGUACACAAGUGGAUCAACAGGUAUAAUUUGUACACUGUUUCUUGGCGAUUUCAGUGUUUUUACUUAUCCAUCGAUUUUAAUGAACUAUUAUAAUUUUCUUUAUAGCUUAUUUGUACCUAUCGAAUUCUUCAGUUUAUUAUUUUUUGACUAUGCAUAUAAAUAUAUGGACCUUGGAAAUGUACCAACAAGCUGUUUACCUGUAUUCUAAAAGUUGAAUUGUACGUAGAAAAGUGAUUUAUUCCCUGUACCUGAAAAGUAUUAGUGACAAAUGUUACUCUGAUAUUAAUCCUGAAAGUUGCAUAUAUAAGAACCAAUUAUCUUAUUAUGUUCUGUGCAUUUAUCAUGUAUAUGAUGACAUUUUAUACAACAAGCUUAGGUAAUUACUUUGUUUAGAAGACUAUAUUUCAGUAUUUUGAACAAUUAAAUCUCUAUCACCCGAAUCAUUUAUUAGACACAUUCCCACAUAUUUAAACGUUAAACUAUGUGGAUCGGAAGUUUUGAUUAAUAUAUACCCAAUUGCUCUUCAAUAUUUGAAGACCCCCGACCAGCCUUUGUUACAUAAAAUGUGUAGUUUCGAGUUUAGCUAAGACUUUUACUUGGCAGCAAGCCAAGUGUCUUAGACUGGUAGUAUAUAUCAAGCAACCUAUCAUCACAAUAAUGCUUAUUUCUCUGUUUACGUAAUUUUCUGAAUUUCCUUAUUCACCGUAUCGUUCAUGUGUUACUACCUAAAGUAGUCUCUACGUCGUCUGUUUCUUGUAAAUUACUAUACUACUCAUCUGUCAACACAAAACGAAACUAUUUCUUUCAUGGUACUAACUUUUCAACACAUUUAUUUUUUUACAUUUCUGCUCUCAAUGGCACUAUUAGUUAAUUGGUGAUAAAACUUCUGAAAUAACUGUGAAUGUGUGACCAAAAUUGUAUUUUAUGUAUUUAUUUGUGAUAUAACCACCUAAAAAGUUUCGUGCUACCUUUUUGAAACAUAACAAGAACUAUAGUAGGCUUGUCACUGCCCUGUAUUCUGACCGAAAUUGAAUAAUGUUUCAAGCUAAUUAGUCGCUUAAUCUCCAGAACCGCACCCACGAGGUUGUGACAGCCCAACAUAUUUUAGUUCUAUAUAGGCUCUUUGUACCCACUAGACCAGUUGAAAAAUUGAACACCCCUCGGUUCUUUUUAUGAUUCUAUCCUACCUAUUUUUGUAAUCUACACUGUGAUAUAAUUUGUUACUUGUCAGAUAACUGACAAAAAUAGCAAACAUUCCAAUUAAUUUACCACUCCUUAUUUUUCGGAUAUUACUCCCUAUUUCUGCAUCAUUUCCUCGUUUUGAAUGAACAAAACCUAUUAUAGUAAGAUUAUUACUGUUCAUCAAUUCAAGUUUGUAUAAACACUGGUAAAAGUGAAGUAUAAAAAUUAGUUUCACAGUUUUAUCAGCAAUGAAUUUAUUGAUUUCAUUUUGUUUAAGCGAAUAAGCGAUCAAACGUUCAUACAACAAUGAAAAAUGUUACCAAUAUUCGUAUUGUUAAGUAUGUAUAUAUGAUUGAUUUAGUGUAAGUAGUAAACUUUCUCUUAUUUCCCACAAUGAGGAGAAUGCAAAAUCUUGAGUAUAGUUGUGCUACAUACUGGAUUACUAUAGUAAAAUUAAACCUCCGAUUUAUGUCUUUUAGGAUCAGAUGUUAGGACGUUAAGUAAAUUUAUUCAUGAAUCAAGUGGUCAUGCUUGUUCAAUAAGUUAUUAUCUGAGUCUAAUGAAAGCCAUACUAAAAGAUACUUCAUUUUUCGUGGGCAUGUUUUUUUAGAUUGUGUGUGUUCAUCUCAAUAUGUGACUCAUGUGAAUGUAUUUUAUUUCGCUGUGCAAGUAUAUUCAUUUGUUUGUGGCUGCACUGUAGUUGUUUUUGAUCGACUUAGAGUUUGUAGUGAACUUAUCAUAAUCGAUUUCAUCAGAAAGGGGGUUUUGUGGAGAUUGUGGUAAUUUAAUAUUUGAAUUCAUGAGUCUAGACCACUACGGAAAACCUAGAAACUUCAAGAGGUAUUUCUUGGAGUUCUAGUGAGAAGCCGUGACCAGUGGAGUUCAACUGUGUCUAUUGUGAGGCAGUAACUCACUGAAGAUAAUAGUGGACGGUGGCUCAAUUUCGUAGAUCGGUUGAUGUUAGACAUUAACACCAUUGGUUGCCGGAACAGUGGUCUAGGGAUUGGGCGUUCGCACACGAGACCGAAGGCCCUGGGUUCAAAUUCCACGAGCGGGAUCGUGGAUUUACUACACUGCUGAGGAGUUCCAUAUUAGGAUGAAAUGGCCGUUCAGUGAUUCUAAGUUUUCCAUGAUGAUCUAGCUUCAAUCGACUCAUGAAUUCAACUAUAAUCGAUAUCAUCAAGUGAUGUUUGUUAGGGUUGUCCGCUUUCCUUAUUUUCGUUUAAUUUAUUCGUAUAUAUUCCUUUGGAGAUAAAGUUUUCUUCUAAUCUUUCACAAGUUGAUGCGUCAGGCGAUCCACUUUCGAAGUUAAAAUACGCAGAUGAUGAAAAUACCAGUGGAAUUUAGUCUUCUAAUCGCCUUGAGCGGCAACACUUACUCGUUUAAGAUAUGAUUCUCCCCAUCUAAAUGCAAAAUAUUGCUUCAGGACUGGUAUGCGUCAACGCUUAGACUAAUAAUAAAAAGUGAUGUAAUUAGGCGUGUCGACCAUUUGCAAGUCUUAUUAGCCUUGGUAGGUUUCUGAAUAAUGAAAUGUUGAUUAUCUUUUGCGUCACUUGCGGCUUAGACAAGUGGUCCGUCUACCAACCAAAGGGCAUCUAUACUGCACAAAAGUCCGUUCUGUUAUACUUUAUUUCUGUGAAAUGUGACUUCUAGAUAUGGAGAUAUGUAUGUUACUGGUUUUCGAUCAUAAAUCCCCUCGAAUUAUUCAGUCAGUCAGUCAGUCACAUUGUAGAACUUUGUACGUUCGUACAUCAGUUCUGGUUGCCAUACCAUAUUAGCACAGAGAUGCAGUUGUCGAUUCAAAUCGCAUAGUGGUAGAGGUAGUAAAAGUAUAAGCAGUGAUCAGAAAAACUAGGGUUUGAAGAUGUUAUUCAAGGAGUAUAAUCCAGUGAAAUAAAUUCGGAAAUAGAAAAAAAGGAGACAAGGAGAAGUCAGAUUAGAAUUUGGGAGAACACAAAGAGUGGAUGCACCUGCACCAUUGCAAACGAUUUUGAGCCAUGUCAUUCAAGGUCUCUAACCAUCGGUUGCUAUCACCUCGCGGUACCCAAACAGGUGGUCUACACCUACCAACAUGGCUCAGUCCACUUGUCAAUGACUUCGUGGAUUUGUGCCAUGUUUUGGUCUGGCCGCCCCUAGCUCUCUUCCGACCUACUCCUACACCACAAAACAUCGAGGUAGUCGGUGGUUGGGCGUACGUAACACGUGUCCCAGCCAUCUCGACUGAUGGAGUUCGAUUACGUCAUCAAUUGAUUUGCCAUCCUUACCUAGUGCCUGUUUUCUAACAACUGCAUUACUUACUCGAUGGUCCCAGGAUAUACGAGCAAUCCUUCGAAGACACCUAUGAUCAAAUGCUAGUAACCUGCGAAUUAUUGCUCGUGUAUGUUGGGAUCACCGAGUGUAGAAUGUUCAAAUUAAGCUUACGAUGUUAUGUUAAGAUGGAAAAUCAGCUGAUUAUGCAGUCCAUUUUCGUCAACUGGCAUAGUCAGUCAGCUACAACGUAGGACCAGGCACAUUUAUGCAUCGGUCCAAGUUGCCAUACCUCAUUAAAACAACAAGAUGGACACCGGAUUCAUAAAAGUAGUUAAUUCAGAGGUGGUAAUAUAUAAAAGAAAGAUUGCAUAUAAGGAUAUAGUACAGGAAGAAAGAUUUACUACGAAGAAAGAAAGAUAUGAAGCGAUUUUAAUCUCUUAGUUCAAGGGAAGACAGAGAGUGUAUACACCGACGCCAUUGUGAUCGAUUCUGAGCCAUGUCACCAAGAGUCUCCAACCAUUGGUUACGACAGUCACGCGGACUCCAACCAAGUAGUCUGCAUCUACCAACACGGCUCAGACUACAAGUUAGUGACUUCAAGCACUGAUGCCACGUUUUGGUUUGGCCGCCCCUAAUUCUCUUCCAACCAUCUCCAAUACCGGUUAGCAUUGCACGUCGUGGUAAUCGGUGUUCGGGCAUACGUAACACGUGGCCUAACCAUCUCAGUCGAUGAAAAUUCACAACCUCAUCGACUGAUUUACCAUCCUUCCCUAAUACCCUGCGUCUAACCUCACUAUUACUUAUCCGGUGAUCCCAGCAGACGCCAGCAAUAUUUCUGAGGCAUCUGUGGUCAAAUACUGGCAUAAGAUAUUACGCAUCCCCAACCACCAUUACGCCGAUAGGUGAUGUUGGGCGGCAUAGGAGUAGGUUGAGUAAAAUGUAUGAGUGACCAAACCAAUGCGUAACAUCAGUCCUUAAAAUCAUUGACUGGGGACCAGCCAUGUAGGUAGGUUCAGACUGCUCUAACCCUAGCAAGUUCGCACCAUUCUCUCAACUAGUGUUUGGAAACGUCGGUUGAUACGGCUCAGGGACCCAGACAUAUUCACUCAUUUUCUACCACUAGAUCCUGUGUCCAAGUCUUUAUUUUUCUAUACUUGACUUUUACUACUAAUACUACUACUGUUAUUGUUACUACUCUGCUAUUUGCCUUGAUAGUUUCAUAUCGCUGUGUUAAUACGGUGUGGGAACUUGAGCCUAGAUUGUACGUUACAUAUGACUGACUGUCUGGGAUAUAUCCAUGCUUUUUUUCACCCUUAACGGCUCUAUCUAUAGUCUGUUUUUUUUAAUACGCCAAUUUACUUAAAAUAUUUGUAUGCAAAAGUUGUGUACCGGUUAUCUGUUGGAUCUAAAAAAUCUUUUGGCGGUUACCCUCUACCUUCAGAUUAGUUGAAUCUGGAAGAAAAAAUGAAGAUUGUCUUUCAUUGAUCUAUAGCAGUCAAUAUUUGGCAGUAAUUCAUUUAGUAUCAGUUGUUUGACAUAGGAUCAAUAAAAGACAUCGGAUUUUUUUACAUAUAAAUAUAGAACUGAACAAACGGUGCAACUGACAAGAUUUACUAUUCAUCAUGGAGUUUAUCAGAUCAAUCGUGUUGUUAAUUGCUGUCUUCUUGUUCUUCCUUUCUUUGAUCCUGUCUAGUAGUUCUAUAGAGAUCUAUUCCUUAUGAUGAUGCUUCUUGAGGCCCAGAACCUCUUGACACGUUGGAGUUAAUGCUUCUUUGAUACCUUUCCAGUUGUCCUCCAUAGUAGUUUCUUCUUCCUUCAGUAGAUCGUGUAAGGCUUGGAACCUGUUGUUGAGAGCUAUCUUGAAUUCAUUGAGUUUGUCAGUAUCUCGAAGGAAGUCUGUAUUGAACCUUUGUAGUUCUGUUUGUCCAGUUCUUCUUUAACUUCAGAUUUAAAUUGGCCACAACUAGGUGGUGAUCUGAAGCUAUGUCAACUCCUCUCCUAGUUAUCACAUCUUCCAUUGUCCUUCGGAACUUUUUAGUGAUGCAAAUAUGAUCUAUCUGGUUCUCUGUGGUGUGGUCCGGUGAGGUCCAUGUAGCUUUGUGUAUACGUUUGUGUGGAAAUAUUGUGCCUCCUAUGACCAAUUUGUAGAAUGCACACAGAUUUGCAAAUCUUUCCCCAUCUUCGUUUCUCUCUCCCAGUCAGUCCAUUUCGUCCCAUGAUAUCUUCAUAUCCGGUGUUGUCUAUUCCGAUUUUGGCGUUUAGAUCUCCCAUCAGAAUGGUGAGGUCGUUUCUUGGGCAUUUCUCUAUGAUUGACUGCAGCCGCUCGUAGAAUUGAUCUUUAAUAUCGUCGUUGCUAUCACUGGUUGGUGCAUAACACUGGAUAACAUUCAUUGUCAUUUCCUCCUUUGUUUUGAUUGGUGCUUUGAUGGUUCUGGAUCCGUGAGACUCCUAUCCCACAAGUGCAUUUCGUGCUACUUUGGACAGCAUUAGAGCAACUCCCUGAGUGUGUGGAGUAGUUUCCUCUUCGUGACCGGAGUAUAGCAGUAUCUCUCCCGUAUUGAGCCUUUGUUGUCCAGCUAGGGUCCAAUGGGUUUCGCUGAUUCCCAGUACUGCCAAGUUGUAUCUCCUGAUUUCCGUUUCUAUUUGACUGGUCUUCCCGGUCUCCCACAUUGUUCGGACGUUCCAUGUACCUAUAAAGGUUGUUGCUAUGGUUGUUAGAAGGGGCAUCGGCCUCGUGGCUUCCGAAGGAACUCGGCUUUCACCAUGAGGCGUCACAGUUCUUCACGCGGGCUUGGGACCGGCAGUAACUCUAGAAGAGCUACAGGCGGAGUUAAAUUUUACUUCAUACAAACUAAAAAUUGUUUACUCUACGCAUUAGUUUAUAAACGAACAGCAUAUAUACUAGAUGUGAACAUGUAUUUUGUGCAUUGGGUGUGGUCGUCAUAACAACAUUAUUGUUCACCUAAAAUUUAUUGUUGAAAUAAUACAUAUACAGAUUAGUCACGAUUGUAUACAUGAUUCACUGUUAUAUUAGUAUACUAGAGUAAAGCCUGAUGAGGAUCUAAUCGAAAGCAAUAUUAUUCGUUUAUAUAUAUUGUUCUAUAUUAGUUAGCUUCGACAAUAAUAUCUAACAAAGAUUGGAAAUUCUCUUAUAAUUUUUCAGUUCGGGAAAUGUUGUUGACAUUAAAACAACCAAAAAUAACAAUUUUAUAUUUCAACUGAGUUACUCUUAACUUUCAUUGCAAUUUUUAUUCUGAUUAAUUAGUCAAAAUAUUUUUAAAGUUAUUUAUGGAAUUUAUAUUUUCGUUAAUUCCUAAAGCAUAUUACAAACUUUUCAGUGUUGUGUCGUUUUCAUUAAUUUUAUGGUCACAAAAUGGUUUAGUGCAUUUUUGGCGAUAGCUAUAUAAAAAUGACUAAAUCUAAUUUCUGGUAGUUUAUUUACUAUACAUUUUCUAACUCCACUUCAGGUAACCCAGUUUUGCCACUAGCAACUCAUGUGAAAGUUUGAACUGAACACAUAGAACAGUAUUUGAUUAUAAAGUUACGUUAAUCCUGUUACUAAUUAGUUUGGUCAUAAGUGGCUAGUAUUUUCUUUUUCUUCACCUAUUCUUAUUGAGUUGGAACACAAAAAAGCUUGGUACAUUGAUGUACCAAAAUCACCUACCGUACAUUGAUUUCCUUUAUUUGGAAUAAACGAACAACUUUCAACCACCUUAAUCUCAACUUAUUUGAUAGUUUGUUAUUGUUGCUUUUGUAAGUUUUGACCCGGUUAAACACAUGUUCCUUGGACUAAAUGUGUAUUUUGUUCUAACGUAUCAGCUUGAUAAUGAAAAUAUAUUUAAUUCAAAUUUCAAGUUGUGUUCAUUUUUUAUGUUGUAUAGGUCAACCUAAAGGCGUUGAAAUGACCCAUGAAAAUUUAGUAAGUGCCAUAGCUGGUCAUUUACAACGUUUACCGAAACUUCGUAGUAAUUACGACAUAUAUGUCGGAUAUCUACCACUAGCUCAUGUUUUAGAGCUUACCUGUGAAUUAUCCUGUGUCAUUAUGGGUGUACGAGUAAGUUUCAUGACAACUUUCUUCAUACUUUUUUUGUUACAAUAUUCUUGUUUAAAAUAGUCAGUUUAAAUUACAGUAAAGAGAAACAAUUGUACUUGCUUACGCCUGUUGCCUCUCGUGGAGGAGCAAAGGCCACCUAUCAGCGUUCUCCAUCGAACUCUGUCAUGGGCAAUCCUUUUCAGUUGCUAUUCAUCCUUUACAUGUCUGUUUCUAAUUCCCGGUGUAGUGUGUUCUUCUACCUUCCUUUUUCCGUUUCUUUUUAGGAUUCCAAGUUAGUGCUUACCUCGUGAUGUAUUUUGGUGGUUUCCGUAAUGUAUGUCCUAUUCGUAUACAACGCCUUUUCCUAAUUUCCUCUUCAAAUAGAAGCCGAUUCUUUUCUCUCCCACAGUAGGCUGUUGCUAAUGGUAUCCGAUCAACGGACGUUGAGUAUCUUGUGUGGACAAUUGUUUAUAAGUACCUGUACCUUUUUGAUUAUGGUUGUAGUAGUUCUCUAAGUUUCAGCUCUGCUCAGUAGAACUGUCUUGACGUUCGUAUUUAAGAUUCUGACUUUGUUGGUUGACAGUUGUUUUGAGUUCUAUAUGUCCUUCAACGGUAGGAAUACCGCCCUUGCUUUAGCAAUCCUUGCCGUCACAUCUGCAUCGAAUCCUCCAUAUUCAUCAAUGGUGCUGUCCAGGUUUGUGAAGGUUUCCACCUCUCACAGUGCUCCUCCAUCAAAUGUGAUUGGGUUGGUAUUCUCCGUGUUGUAUUUGAGGAUCUUGCUUUUUCCUUUGUAUAUGUUGAGGCCUACUGAUGCUGAUGCGGCAUCUGUUGCUACAUUGGUUUUCACAUGCAUUUGUUGGUGUGUAUGGGAUAGAAGGACCAGGUCAUCUGAAAAGUUCAAAUCGUCUAGUUGUGCGUCCAAGCUGUCCAUUGUGUCCGGUGCAUCCCCUGAGAUGUGGACUUCAUAAUUCAGUCAACCAUCAAAAGAAAGAGAAAGAGCAAGUGUAAACAGCCUUGUCUGACUCCGAUUCUCCCUUGAAAUGCAUCUAUCAGCUGUCCUCCAUGCACCACUUUGCAGUGUAGUCCAUCAUAUGAAUUCCGUAUGAUGUUGACGAUUGAAUUGACUGUCCAACAAUGAUCCAUAUUAUCGCGAUUCGGUCUGUACACGACCGAUCCUUACGGAAUCCAGCCUGUUGAUCUCGAAGCUGGUCAUUCAGUGAAUCUUUCAUUCGGUUCGGCAACACUGUUGGAAACUUUUCGUGGUACCGACAGUGUGACGCCUCUUUAGUUCUCACACUUACUGAAAUCUUUUUUUGAUAUCCAGAUAAGGUACCCUUCUUUCCAGUAUGUUGGCACUUGUUCUUUCCCCAAAUCUUCAUUAAUAUAGUGUGGAGCAUGUUUGCAGUUACUCCUAUGCCUGACUUCGGUGCUACAGGUGGUAUGUUGCUUUCUCACUCUUGAUUUGUAUGAUGCCCGUGGUGAUUUCUUCCAUCAUUCGUAAAGUGACAGCUAUAGAAAGGACUGUGUGUGCUGUUUCUUUGUCUGGUAGGUUCAGUGGAGCUGGUCUAUCCAAGAGUUCUUCAAAGUGCUCUACUUAACUGUUCCGCUGUUCGUGAAUUUCAGUGAUUGGCUUGCUUUAUCUAUCCUUGACUUAUCGCUUUGGUUCACUGUAUUUUCUUGCUAGUUUCUUCGUUGUUUUAUAUAGUUGUUCCAUAUUUCCUUCUCUUGCAGCUUCUUCCGCUGCCGCUGUUAAGUCUUCUACGUAUUUCUGCUUGUUAGCUCUAAUGCUCUUCUUCACUUGCUUGUUCGCUUCUGUAUAUUCGGCCUGUGCCUUAACUUUCUCUGUUCUUGUCCGACUGUUGUUAACUGCUAUCUUUUUUUGAAUCCUGUUUUCGAUAGAGAUCCAUGCCUCCUGCGGUCCAGCACUUCCCGACAUGCUGAAGUUAAUGCUUCUUUGAUCCCUUCCCAAUUGUCCUCCAUAGUAGUUUCCUCUUCUCUGAGUAGAUCUUGUAAGGCUUGAAAGCUAUCUUGAAUUCGUUGAUUUUAUCAGUAUCUCGAAGAAAGGCUGCACUAAACCCUUAUAAUGCUGUUUCUCCAGUUGUUCAUAGCUUCUUUAGCUUCAGUUUCAUCUUGGAAACCAUCAGGUUGUGAUCUGAAGCUAUGUCAGCUCCUCUCCCUGUUCUCACGUCUUCCAUUGACCUUCUAAAUUUUUUAGUGAUGCAAAUAUGAUAUAUCUGGUUCUGCGUAGUGUGAUUCGGUGAAACCCAUGUAACUAGUGUAUGCGUUUGUGGGGGAAUAUUGUACCACCUAUAACUAUUUUGUUGAAUGCACAUAGAUUUGCAAAUUUGUCACUAUCCUCGUUUCUUUCUCCCAGUUCAUGUCGUACCAUGCUAUCUUCAUACUCGGUGUUGUCCAUUCCGACUUCGGCAUUUAGGUCUCCGAUCAGGAUGGUCAGAUUCUUUCCUGGACACUUCUCUAUGAUCGAUUUCGAUCUCGUAAAACUAAUCUUUAUCGUCGUCGUUGCUAUCACUGGUAGGUGCAUAUCACUGGAUAACAUCCAUUGUGAUCCCCUUGUUCUUUGUACUCUUUGAUGAUUCUUGAUCCAUGAGAUUCGCAUUCUAUAAGUGUAUGUCGUGCUUCUUUGGACAACAUCAGGGUAACUCCCUGAAUAUGUGGAGCAUUUUCUUCUUCGUGGCCAAAGUACAACAGUAUCUCCCGAAUCUAACCGUUUCUGUCCAGCUUGAAUUCAGUGCGUUCCACUGAUUCCGAGCACUGCCAAUUUGUAUCUCAUUUCGUGGCUAUUUGAUUAGUCCCUCUGGUCUCAUACAUUGCCUGGACAUUCCAUGUACCCUCAUUAAUUGUCACUCUGGUUGUUAGAAGGGGUAUAUCGUCCUCGUGAAUUCUGAAUAAUAUCGGCUUUCACUAGGAAUCGUCAUGAUUCUCCUAGAUGAAGAUCCUCCAACUCCCAGGGCAAAGUUUAAAUGGUAUAAAGGUUUUUUUCUGGUUAGCGUUUCUUAACAAGGUUGUUUUGUACGGGAAGUGGUUGUUGAGCCCAUACCCAACCCCCCUCCUUUAUCCAGGAUUAAAAUCGACAAUAACCGUAGAAGUUCUACAUGCGGAGUGAUAUGAAUUUCUUUUAUUUCAUAAAUUCUUUCCAGUUGCUUACAAUUUAGAAACUAGUUUUAAUUAUUAAAAUCAAAAUAAGUCUUGGUUAAUGUUAAUAUUGAUAUGGAUGUAGAAUAGUAUUCAAAAGACAAUUAUUAUAAAAGGAUUAAAUGGUUUGUAUACAGUUGUUGACUGGAAAAAAGAGUUCAGGAAAUAGUUGGUUGGAGAAUCCUGGCCUAUGCUCCACAAGGGGUAAUAGGCGUAAGUAAGUAUAAGAUGAAUAUACGGAUAUCUUAGCAGAGUAAACUGAGAAAAGCAUGAAAACAGGAUUCUAGUAAUAGAAGAUCAAUUUCAGAGGUUAUAUGAUACUAAAUGCCACGGAGUUAACUGAGUCAAGUUUAGCUUAGGAAACGAAAAGAAAAGGAAAAGAAUUAAGGGUGUGAGAAAAUCAGUGUCACGUAGCCAAUUCUUAAAACUAUGGUCAUCAAGGCAAAGAACAAUCGACAACGUUGUUCUUCUAAGCUCAAAUUUGGUUUAAAUCUUUGUAUAUUAACGGCUUUGCUAAAGCAUAAACUUCAGAUAAAAGUUUAUACUUUAUGUCUUAUAAUACAGAUGUCAAUCAGUCAGUCACAACAUGGAACCUGGUACAUAUGUACAUCGGUUCAAGGUGCCAUACUCCAUUAGCACAAAGCAACGAAGUUCUCAGGUCAAACCCUAGAAUAGUAGAGGUAGUAACUAUCAGUGGUAAUAGAAGAGAUUAGAUACGAUUCAAGGAGAAAACAUAAAUUAGUGGAAUUAAGACCAAAAAAAUUUGAGGAAUUCAGGAGCUACCUAUGCCUUUUUACAUGGCUAAGAAAAUUGUCAGUGGUUCCAUAGACUGAUACCAUGUUUUUAGUUUGGCCUCCCCUAUUUUUCUUCCAGCCUACUUCACCAGAAAACACCACCCAUCGAGCUAGGGGGUGGUUGGACAUACGUAACGCAUGUCCCAACCACCUCAUUUGAUGAAGAUUUACUAACUCGUCAAUCGAUUUCUUGUUCUUACCCAGUAUCCUACUCAUAAUCCUGGCAUUGCUUACUCCGUGAUCCCAAAAUAUAUAAGCGAUGCUUUGUAGACAUAUUUAAUCAAAUACCAGUAACUUACAGAUAUCUUCUACUCUCGAUGACCAUGCUUCACAUCCAUCCUUUGUGCAGUAAACUCGUUCUUUAGUUGGAAGACAUCAUGAUUUUGUCGUUAUGUACAGUCAAAGUGAACUUGAUGCACAUCUAUAUAUGAUUGCUAAGCUUUAUUAUAUUGUCAUAAAUUUUUCACAGAUUGGUUACUCGAAUCCACAGACAUUAACAGACACUUCAUCCCGUAUUAAACGAGAUCACUGCUUGGGUGAUGUCAGUCUUCUUCGACCAACUCUUUUUGCCAGUGUGCCUACUGUAUUAGAACGUAUUUCUAAGGCUGUUUGGGAAAAAGUAAACGCUGGCGGUGAAUUUCUUCAAGCUGUAAGUUUGCAUCAAAAUGUUUCUAAUUGAUAUACUCUACGUUAAAGAUUCUGAUUUCAUUAUUAAGUCUUUCUAGCGUCACCAUCGUUAAUAAGUAAUGUAAUAAGCUUUCGUUUAUUGUUUCAUUUAUUAUAGAUAAAAAGUAGUGAUAUUCAUCUCUGUGGUAAACAGUAGUUAACUUAUUGUAUUGAUUGAUCUUUAUGAAAUUCCUUACAUAUUACGGGUUGGAAGUGUAUACCACGAUCAACCUCACAGUUAUCCGGUUAUUGGUAUUCUGGAAAAGUACUGAGUAUCUUUUUGUUAGGGCUUGACAAGAGGUAUUUUUAUUUAUCAGUAAGCUCAUUCUUUAUGCAAGAAUUUAAUUUACAUCUGUCAAUACUGAAAUUAAAAACACUAAUCUCAAACUUUUUGAACGGCGACUGGUAGUUUUGUAGCAUAAUGUGCAUUUGUUCACUUUAGUUGUUAACCUUCGUGAUCUAGUUCUCAAUAUUUUUAAACUUUAUGAAAUAGCGUUGUUGAGUGUAGUUGAUUUCUUACUGGGUAAUGUCCUUUCUUCCACAAUGUCUAAAACAGAGUAUGAUGCACUGUGAUGACGUAUCAUAUGGCGAAUCUUUUUCCACGGAAUUCAAAAAGUACCAUGGUCUAGAAUUUGUUCAUCAUUUAAAUGUCUAAAUAAUAAGCUUUUCGUCCAAAGAUGUCGUUUUGUUGUGAACGAGAAAACAGGUGGGGAUAACCAGUUGUAUUUGAAUAUCAAAUCUCUUGAUAAAAUAUAAGAAUCAUACAUCGAGUACUUCAUUUGCAAAAUUCCAUCAUUUGUCCUUCAGAUUAUAUAUGAUUCUUCUAAGUCACAAUUACUUUCUAUUUCCCUUUCUGUAUUCUUCAACUUGAUCUUCUCAGUCUCCUGCUGCCUGGUUUUCCACUUCUGAUUAGUGCUACAUACUGUUUAUGUCUGUCGACAUAAGUAGCAUGCACCACAGUUUGAAUAACGUAACGUAAAAUUGCAUAUAAUAUUUAAUUUGCGUAGCACUAUUCGAAGCACCAGUACCAUUAUCAUCAGAUCAUAUAUAAACAUGGUUCGUACAAAUAUAUGCACAUUAAUCGCUCACGUCACAAUCACUUAUCGUCCCAAUAUAUAAGAGAGGGUUAAAAUCAUCCUGUGACAACCAUAGAGGGAUUAGUUUAACUAAUAUAGUAUCUAAAAUACUAGCCUCGAUAAUUAUCAGAUGCCUAACUAAGACUCGUGAACUGCAAACACGAGAGAAUCAAGCUGGCUUCAGACCUGGUCGUGGCUGCAUCGACCACAUAUUCACCAUUCGUCAGGUUCUAGAACACAGACAUACUUAUCGGCGUCCAAGAAUGGCGGUCUUUCUUGACUUAAAAGUAGCAUUUGACUCCGUAGACCGCGGGAUUCUGUGGCAGUGUCUGUCAUUGAAAGGCGUACCUCAGAAGUACAUAAACCUUGUGAAGACUUUACUUGAACACUACCAGUCGAGUCAGAGCUUAUGGCGAACUGUCAUCUGCUUUUGCAACCUAACCUCAAGUGGUGUCCGUCAAGGCUGUCCACUUUCUCCAUUUUUGUCUAACUUCAUCAUAGACCUACUGAUGGGAAUAACAUUCUCGUCGACUGAAUUCUCGGGUAUUGAUCUCCUUCCAGGAGGUCCACUUAUCGACAUAGAAUACGCUGAUGACUGUACUAUAUCGUUAUACACAAUCUUUCUUUCAUAUAUUACCACCUCUGAAUUAACUACUUUUAUGAAUCCGGUGUCCAUCUUGUUGUGUUAAUGAGGUAUGGCAACUUGGACCGAUGCAUAUAUGUGUCUGGUCCUACGUUGUAGCUGACUGACUAAUCGCUCACUGACACAUAGCUAUUUACUUUUUGGUGCCGUUAAAUUCUGUCUAACAAGUGUCCAAUGUGACCACUAUUAUUAGCAACUGGAUAUCGCAAUGCUCUGCAUUUGAUUUAUAAUUUUUAGAGGUAUUCUAUCGAAAACCAUGAAUACGCGUUGCUGUAAUCGACCGGUAACACACAAUUUAUGUUGAACUAUCGCGGUGAUUUUCGGAUUAUUGUUAACGCUCAGUUAAAUUCAGAAAAUUAUGUGCUUAUAAGUUAAGUCAGUCGACCUCUAAGCAUUGGAUCUCAGUUUGAAACCUUACUGCCAGCAUCCAUUUUGGCUUGGCUGCAUGGGUAGUGUCAUACAGAUCAUGGAUUAUCGGUUUACAUCAAACCUGAUUAAUGAAUGAGUCAUGUGUGGAUGAGUUAUCAUCCAUUUUAAGAUUUCCGCUACAGACAUUACUUUCAUUUGUGAAACCACCUUAUAUAUCUUAUGUCAAUAUAAUGUUUACUGUCAAUUGUGUGGCAAAUUGUGGAAUGUUUUCGUUUACCUCAAGAAUCUAAACAGUUAACUGGUUUAUGUCUCACUAGAAUAAAUAACUAAGCACAUAUUAUUAAUAGAAAAGGUCAUCAUAAACAGUGAUUUUUACUACAUUGAAUCACUUCUCAAAAUCUGAUUUUAUUAAAAUCUAAAUAGAAACUUUAUAUUGAGAUUCUUGUAUUUUAUAGUUCACAUUAAUAAAUUGAUUAACUGUAAAUAACGUUGAUAUAACCCAGUUGUUGUGAAAUGUUGACAGCUUUACUGUUUAACGAAUAAAAAUUAGAGGUAGUAAUUUAGCAUAAGGUCAUGUUUACUUUAUAGUAAAUAAAACACUGUUAUUAUCAUUAACUAUACACGUGUGUCAUCGUGGCUGAUUUUGUAUUGAAGUUCAUCUACAUCAUUUUGUGUCCUCCAGUCUUAUCUACAAUUAAUCUGCAUGCAUUGAUAACUAUUGAUUGACUUAAUCAAUUGUAUUAAAUUAUACCCGUUUUAAACAUGUUACCAAGUUGACUCAUUAUUUUUCUUUCUUUUUUUUUAAUUGUUACAUAAUCGCAAUUAAUAUGUUCAAUCUUAUAUUUAUAACCAAAGAUUAUGAUGAUAAUCAUUGACCUAUUAGCUCAUAUUGUCUUUGUUGUAGCAUUUUGUUUAAAAAAAAAUGGUUAUCUUAUUGAUAGAAAUAUCAAAUCAUAUCAACUUUUAUGAAUUAUUUUUAUGGUGGUCAUUCAGUAAUAAUGAGAAUAUUGUAAUAUGAAAUGCUAAUUGAAAAAUGAGCAGUAAUAUAAUUUUGUACCUGUGUGUAUUUGCAAUUGUCUGGAUAAAAAAACUUGACGUAAAUCUUUGUAAAACAUCGUAAUUUUAUGACACUUAUUUUUCAGUUCAAUCUAUAUCUAUACCAAGCUAGCCCUACUUUGAUAUGAUGUAAACUGGAAUGGCUAACGGUUGACUGUAAAAGAUGUCAAUAAAAAAAAGCUAGACUGAAAAUUUUUGAGUUUUUUAAACAUGCAAGAUAUAAAAAAUUACUUUAAAAAUCAUGCUAAAUCAUUUUGACAAUCUUAAAAAUGUGUAUAACAGUGAAUUGAAAAUAGCUCAUAUAAAUUAUCAUUUCUGUUCAUUCGAAUUCAUUCUCAGCUUAGCUAGCCUAAAAGCUUUAAAAAAUAUAGAAAACUAGCAAAGGUUUUAUCAAAUGGUUUUAAUGACUUUUGAUGCUAGCUAGUGCAUAAUGAAUCGUAGUACACGUCUUACAAGUAUAAUUGAUGUUCUGGAUUCCUCUGCUACCACCCCGUCAAUGAUAUUCGUGUGUAUAUUUUGUAGGUAUAUUAUCCGACUGUGUUGUGUAAUAUAUUUUUAUGUAUUAUAGACUUCUCAGAUUCAGUAGAUUGCUAAGUCUCUCCAGUGAAUUGACAAACACAGUCUCGUUUGAAAUUAUCUUUUCAGAUAUAAUAUCGUUAACAGUAAAAAUGGAUAAUCCUAGAAUAACAAAUAAUUUGAACUAGUUUUGAUAUUUAAAUAAAGUAACACUGUUUGCCAUUUCUUUUCUUUUUCUUACCAUAAAAAUGUUUGUUAGUAUUACCUUGUUCAUGUUAUCUUUUUUCAUAUAGCUCUUCAAAUUUGCAUAUGCCUACAAAUGUCGACGAAUUCACGGUGGUUUUCCAAGUUUCCUUGUGGAUCGAUUGGUUUUCCGUAAGGUUAGAUCGCUCAUGGGUGGGCGAAUUCGUUAUAUUGUUUGUGGUGGCGCACCGUUAUCAGAAGAUUCACAAUUAUUCACAAAUAUAUGCAUCGCACCUAUUAUACAAGGGUAAGGAUUCUAUUCCGCGACUAUACAGGGAGAUAAAUUUAUCGACUAAAAAUGUACUCCGUGAAGGUUUUUCUAACAUAUCUUAUGGCAAACAGACUAAAUAUGAUGUCACAUGUCAAUAUCACUAUUUCAUCAGGUUCUCACUAAGCAGGGAAGUCAAAGGUCAUUGGUUUGAGCACUUCACAUUUAGCAUAUAUCCAGACCUCACUCCAUUUGUUUUUCUUGAAUAAUAAAAUUAGUUUCUUCACACUUGCACGAUAACAUAUGGCUUAACCUACACUUACUAAGUUUCUUUCUUCAUUAUUUUGUAGUGAGCGAGAACACAAGCGGGGACAACCAGAUGUAUUUUAAUACAACACUACAGACUAUCGUGGUCAGAUCUGAGAGCCAUGCAGUGAUACUUCAUUUACAAAAUAUCCAUCAAUUGUCUCAGAUUUUGUUGUUCCUUUGUUUCCGUACCAAUCACCCUCUUCUCGUUCUCUUCUGUUUUCUCUACCUCCUGCCUCCAGGCAUUCCACUUUCUGUCAAUAUCAGUAGCAUACACCACAAUUUAACUAACUACUAGUCACUAAUUAACAUGGUUUUCAAUCAAGGUUUUAUUUAAGACAGCAACUAUCGAUCCAAAGUACUCUAAACAUUAGAAUUAUUUAUCUCUUUUCUACAAUAACAAUUUAUCAAUGAUUGUGGAAGGGUUAAUUUAAUUCUUCUCAGUUUCUGUCGGUUUAAUCAUGAUGUCAUGUGCACUGUAUUUUAUUAAACAACACAUUCAAUUUAGUUCAACAAAUAUAUUUAACUACAGACCUCAGCGUUCUGGUAGGGUUUUGCUGUGUGUAGAAAUCGCUAUUUAUCAAUUUCAUCGAAUGAUGUGUAUAUUCGAAUAUGCAUUACUUGGGAACAGUUGAACUUUCCUCAGAUGUCAAUUCAUAAUCAAAGGUUUCUGAGUAUAUUAGUUCCAUGUAUUUUUUUAAAAAAAUUGUAUCUAAUAAAAGAUGAACAAUAGUUUCUAAUUAACUACGACGAUAUUUUACUUACACCUGUUUCCCCUUGUGAAGCAUAAGCUGCCGACCAGGGAUCUCUAAAUAAAUGUUUCAGGCUUUCCUUCCCAAUUGUUGUCAACUUCUGUUCAUAAUUUUGCUAUCUGCUCUAAUUCUCUAUCCCAUAUGUUCUUUGGUCUGUGAUGCGGUUUAAUGGAUUCUUCAGACUGUGUCCUACCUAUCUCCAACGUCGUUCCUUAAUUUCCUCUUCAGCUGUAAGCUGGUUUAAUCUCUACCACAGUAGGCUUUUGCUGAUGGUGUCCGGCCUACGGGUCUUGAGUAUAGUACACAGACAAUAUGCAGCAGUUUGGAAGACUCUACCGGUCUCACAUUGUACGAGCAUUCCAUGUACUUAAGUAAAUGGUUGCUCUGGUUGUUAGAAGGGGCAUCGACCUCGUGGCUUCCGAAAGAACUCGGCUUUUACCAUGAGGCGUCAUAGUUCUUCUAAAUGAAGACCUUCUAACUCCCAGGGCAGAGUUUGAAUGGUUUGAAUUAUUUUUUCUGGUUAGCGUCUUUUAUAGUGACUUAGUUUUCUAUGGGAUGGGGUCGCCAACCUUUCUCCUUUAUCCGGCUUGGGACCGGCAGUAGCCCCAGAGGGGCUCCAGACGAAGUUAUGGUACACAGAUAGUUGUUUAUAAAUAAUUGAUACUUUUUGAUGAUGGUUGCAGUAGUUCUCUGUUUUUGACUUCGUACAUUAGAACCGUCUCGGCAUUUGUAAAUAUAUUACUUCCUCGUAAUAAACACUAAUCAUAUGUUUUAUGCCGAGUACUUAGCUAUUUUUCAUAUCGUUGUUAUUCAUGUAAUGGAGUCUCUCUCUAGUUAAUUUGUCAAAUGAGAAUUUUCAGUUUUUGUAUGUUUUGUCUCCUAGAAUUGUUUAUCGAGAGUUAUACAGUAGUGAUGAACUUUAGUUCAUAAAUAUUUUUACCAAUAGUUUCAUUUAAUAUCGUAU